AUGCUGCCACUAUCGGCGCGCGCGAUCUUGUCGACGCAUCCGCCGCUGCAUCCGCCCGCCGCGUUUGACGCUCGCGCCGUGCAAUUCGGCGGAAAGCCGCUUUGCUGGUGGUCCGGCGACCACGGCGGGUUACGCCUGGGACGACGACGCGAGCCGCGAUCGGCGGCGGAAAAGCGGAAGCACUCCGAUUCCGCCGCAAAUUCCGCCGCAACAGCCGCUCAGCCGUGCGAAAAAGGCGCCGGCACUGAUGCUGCCACUAUCGGCGCGCGCGAUCUUGUCGACGCAUCCGCCGCUGCAUCCGCCGCCGCGUUUGACGCUCGCGCCGUGCAAUUCGGCGGAAAGCCGCUUUGCUGGUGGUCCGGCGACCACGGCGGGUACGCCUGGGACGACGACGCGAGCCGCGAUCGGCGGCGGAAAAAGCGGAAGCACUCCGGCCAGCGGCGCGGGGGUGUGCUGAUGUUUGGAAGCGGGUGCGCGGGGUGCGUUGCGGGGCAGUGGUGUAGCUUCGAGAUCGAAAUACGACCCGCCCGCGAAUGGGUGUUUGCGGCAACAGAAGCGUUUGUGGACUUUCUUAUAGUGGAGCUGUGGGGGCCUUCUAUCGCGUACGCGGACGUGAAGCGUAUUGGGAGCGACAGCAAGCGGUGGAAGGUGUCUUAUCGAGUCUGGGACGCCGGCGAAUACACCGUCACAGUCAUAUCCGGCUGCACCAAUCUCAACUACACCGCCAAAUUCGCCAAGCAAGGAGUCGAGCCCUUUGCCAACUGGACCCUCACCGUCGCCCACCCAUUCGCAAACCUCCCCACCUCGAGAUAUUUCUCCCAGAGCUACUCCCACUCCCCACUCCCAUCUUCUCUCCCUUGCGCCAAUGUGAAAGCUUCCCAUGCGCCUCACCUCUUCCCAUGCGCCUCACCUCUUCCCAUGCGCCUCACCUCUUCCCAUGCGCCUCACCUCUUCCCAUGCGCCUCACCUCUUCCCAUGCGCCUCACCUCUUCCAUGCAUGCGCCUCACCUCUUCCCAUGCACCUCACCUCUUCCCAUGCGCCUCACCUCUUCCCAUGCGCCUCACCUCUUCCCAUCCGCCUCACCUCCUCCCAUGCGCCUCACCUCUUCCCAUGCGCCUCACCUCUUCCCUUACUCACGUGCAUUUCACCCCUUGCCUCAAACCUCUGUCGUCUGUUCUCUCCCUUCCGUACUUUUCACCCCUUGCCAUCCGUCCUCUCCCUUCCUCUCAUGGCUGGUGGCGUCUCUUCCCGUGUGCUUCACCGCUUCCCCCCCCCCCACUGCGGUGGGUGGAGGCGCUGGCGGCGCAGGGCAUUCACCUCUUGUCUUAUCCGACCCUCUGCCCUCCCUCUGCCCUCCCUCUGCCCUCCCUCUGCCCUCCCUCUGCCCUCCCUCUGCCCUCCCUCUGCCUCCCCCUUCCUCUGUGUGUCGCAGGUGGCGUUUCUUCCCGUGUGCCUCGCCGGUGCCCCCGCCGUCGCGGUGGGUGGAGGCAUUGCAGGCGCGGGGCAUUCGGGAGAUCAGCUUUGUGGGCGACUCGCACCAGCGCUUCCUCAUGCUCUUUAUAAACUACCUCGUUAUGCACGACGUCGACGACGCCCUCUGGAAGUUCCACGGAGACAUUGUCGUCAGCAUCCCUCCACCCAAGGAGAGGACGGACUUAAAGCCGCUGAAAUUGAAUUUCUACUGGGUGGAUGGGAUGUACCAUAACGACGAGUACGGAUGCACCCGCCGAGGGUUCUGGUCGCACCGCAACACCACCUUCCCUGAUUUGUCCCUUUCUGCCGACGUGACAAUAAUUGACGGUGGCUUCUGGGCCACCUGCAACUGCUUCCAGCCAGAACAAGCCUUCAGUAAACACCUCCCCGCAUACGUCGCCUGGGCCAGACGUCAACUCGACAGGCUGCAAAAGUGGCAUGCAAAACACAGCAGCGAAAAUGAUGCUCCUACGGGAACAAACGGGAAGCCAUGGAUGCUGUACCGGAGUAUUGUCCCUUGGAAGCCGUAUGGCGACUGCGGGGUUUUGGUUCCGACCAACUUGCUGAUUGAGCACAUGAAUGGGAUGAUCAAGACGGAGAUUCGGCGAUACGGGAUUGGGUAUCUGGAUGGGUGGCCGGUGGAGAUCCCGAGGUAUUUUGAUACAUGUAGUGUCAAGGAUCGGCACUACACUUGCCAUAAGGCGAAAGAAGGCACCAAGAAUGGGAUGUUUUAUGGAGAUGUUGGCGAGGCUAUGCCUCCCCUCUCGUGCUCCCUUGUCUCCUACCCAUCUCUUUCUCUCGUGCUCCCUCGCAUGCCGUGUUAUCCCCGGCCAAAGCCUCGAUUAUGGCAAUUCCCUCUCUCGUGCCAGGCCACUCAUUCCCUCUCCAUCCCUCUCGCACACCCCCUCUCAUACACACUCAUCCCCUCUCCAUCCCUCUCGCACACCCCCUCUCAUACACACUCAUCCCUCUCCAUCCCUCUCGCACACCCCCUCUCAUACACACUCAUCCCCUCUCCAUCCCUCUCGCACACCCCCCUCUCAUACACACUCAUCCCCUCUCCAUCCCUCUCGCACACCCCCUCUCAUACACACUCAUCCCCUCUCCAUCCCUCUCCCCCUCUCAUACACACUCAUCCCCUCCAUCCCUCUCUCGCACACCCCCUCUCAUACACACUCAUCCCCUCUCCAUCCCUCUCGCACACCCCCUCUCAUACACACUCAUCCCCUCUCCAUCCCUCUCGCACACCCCCUCUCAUACACACUCAUCCCCUCUCCAUCCCUCUCGCACACCCCCUCUCAUACACACUCAUCCCUCUCCAUCCCUCUCGCACACCCCCUCUCAUACACACUCAUCCCCUCUCCAUCCCUCUCGCACACCCCCUCUCAUACACACUCAUCCCCUCUCCAUCCCUCUCGCACACCCCCUCUCAUACACACUCAUCCCCUCUCCAUCCCUCUCGCACACCCCCUCUCAUACACACUCAUCCCCCUCCAUCCCUCUCCCCCUCUCAUACACACUCAUCCCCUCUCCAUCCCUCUCGCACACCCCCCUCUCAUACACACUCAUCCCCUCUCCAUCCCUCUCGCACACCCCCUCUCAUACACACUCAUCCCUCUCCAUCCCUCUCGCACACCCCCUCUCAUACACACUCAUCCCCUUUCCAUCCCUCUCGCACACCCCCUCUCAUACACUCAUCCCCCCUCUCCAUCCCUCUCGCACACCCCCUCUCAUACACUCUCAUCCCCUCUCCAUCCCUCUCGCACACCCCCUCUCAUACACACUCAUCCCUCUCCAUCCCUCUCGCACACCCCCUCUCAUACACACUCAUCCCCUCUCCAUCCCUCUCGCACACCCCCUCUCAUACACACUCAUCCCCUCUCCAUCCCUCUCGCACACCCCCUCUCAUACACACUCAUCCCCUCUCCAUCCCUCUCGCACACCCCCUCUCAUACACUCUCAUCCCCUCUCCAUCCCUCUCUCUCGCACACCCCCUCUCAUACACACUCAUCCCCUCUCCAUCCCUCUCGCACACCCCCUCUCAUACACACUCAUCCCCUCUCCAUCCCUCUCCCCCUCUCAUACACACUCAUCCCCUCCCCAUCCCUCUCGCACACCCCCUCUCAUACACUCUCAUCCCCUCUCCAUCCCUCUCGCACACCCCCUCUCAUACACACUCAUCCCCUCUCCAUCCCUCUCGCACACCCCCUCUCAUACACACUCAUCCCCUCUCCAUCCCUCUCGCACACCCCCUCUCAUACACACUCAUUCCCUCUCUUUCAUCCCCUCUCAUCCCCUCUCAUCCCCUCUCAUCCCCUCUCAUCCCCUCACAUACACUCUUAUACACUCUCAUACACUCGCAUUCACUCUCAUACGCUCUCAUCCCCUCUCAUCCCCUCUCAUCCCAUGUCACUCCCUCUAAUCCACUCUCAUACCCUCUCGUACCCACUCAUAUACACUCAUAUACACUCUCAUCCCCUCUUAUAGACUCCCAUACACACUCAUACACUCUCAUGCACUCUCAUUCACACUCAUCCCCUCGAAUCCCCUCACAUCACCCCUCUCAUCCCCUCUCAUCCCCUCGCAUCCCCUCUCAUCCCCUCUCAUAUACUCUCACACACUCUCAUACACUCUCUUACACACAUCCCUCUCAUCCACUCUCAUACACUCUCAUCUCCUCUCAUACACACUCAUACCUCCUAAUCCGCUCUCAUCCACUCUCAUACACUUCCAUACACUCUCAUUCACACUUAUCCCCUCUUAUCCCCUCACAUCCCCUCUCAUCCCCUCUUAUGUCCUCUCAUCACUCUCAUUCCUUCUCAAUCCCUCUCAUUCCUAUUCAUUCCCUCUCAUUCCUUUUCAUUCUCUCUCAUUCCCUCACAUCCGCUCUCAUUCCCUCUCAUCUCUCAUUCCCUCUCAUUCCCUCUCAUUCACUUCAUCCUCUUUCAGCCCCACUCUUUCCCUCUCAUCCACUCUCAUACACUCUCAACGCCUCUCAUCCAAUCUCACACACUAUUAUUCCCUCUCAUCCCCUCUCAUCCCCUCUCAUACCCUCUUAUCCACUCUCAUUCACUCUCAUUCACUCUCAUACCCUCCCAUCCACUAUCAUAUACACUCUCGUCCACUCUCAUCCCCUCUCAUUCACUUUGAUCGCCUUUCAUCCCCUCUCAUUCCCCCUCAUAACCUAUCAUAUACACUCUCAUCCCUCCACAUACUCUCUUACUCAUUCCGUCUCAUCCCCUCUCAUCCCCUCUUAUACACUAUCAUACACUCUCAUACCCUUCCAUCCACUAUCAUAUACACUCUCAUCCCCUCUCAUACUCUCCCAUACCCACUCAUCCAGUCUCAUCCCUCCUCAUACACUCUCAUACACUCUCAUCCCCUCUCAUCCCCUCUCAUCCCCUCUCUCAUCCCUCCUCAUAAACUCUCAAACACUCUCAUCCCCUCUCUUACACUCUCACACCCUAUCAUCCCCUCUCAUCCCCUCUUAUACACUCUCAUUCACUCUCAUACCCUCCCAUCCACUAUCAUGCACACUCUCAUUCACUCUCGUUCCCUUUCAUCCCCUCUCAUCCCCUCUCAUCCCCUCUCAUCCCCUCUCAUCCCCUCUCAUCCCCUCUCAACCCCUCUCAUUCACUCUCAUACACUCUCUUACACACUCCCAUCCCUCCUCAGCCACUCUCGUACACUCUUAUACACUUUUAUUCACUCUCAUCCCCACUCAUCCACUAUCGUAUACCCUCUCAUCCCCUCAUCCCCUUUCAUCCCCUCUCAUACACUCUGAAGCACUCUCAUCCCUUCUCAACCCGUCUCAUCCAUUCUCAUCCCCUCUCAACCCCUCUCAUUCACUCUCAUACACUCUCAUCCCCUCGCAUACACUCUCAUAG